GCCGGAAACAGCAGGCUGGGCAGCCACUGCUUGCACUGGAGAGGAAAGCCAGGAGAGGAGUGUGUGUGUGUGUGUGUGUGUGUGUGCGUGUGUGUGUGUGUGUGUGUGUGUGUGUGUGUGUGUGUUGUUUUUUACUUUUUGGUGGUGGUGGUGGAGGGAGUGCCAGCAGGGCCAGCCCUGAAUUUACUGGACAGAACUACAGACCCAUGGGACCAGGCAGUGGCCGCUGAGAGAGGGAGAAGACCACAGAGGGGUGCUGAGGCACCCUCCAAACCCCAGAUCAUGUCUCUGUGGAGUCUGGUCUCUAAGAUGUCCCCAGAGAAACUACAGCGGCUUUAUGUUGACUUUCCUCAGCACCUGAGGCAUCUCUUAGGUGACUGGCUGGAGAACCAGCCAUGGGAGUUCCUGGUCAGCUCAGAUGCCUUCUGUUGCAACGUGGCAAGUGCCCUACUUUCAGCCACCGUCCAGCGCCUUCAGGCUUCUGCAGGAGAGCAGGGAGAGGGCAGCACCAUCUUGCAGCAUAUCAGCACUCUGGAGAGCAUAUAUCAGAGGGACCCUCUGAAACUUGUUGCCACUUUCAGACAAAUACUUCAAGGAGAGAAAAAAGCUGUUAUGGAACAGUUCCACCACCUGCCAAUGUCUUUCCAUUGGAAGCAAGAAGAACUCAAGUUUAACACAGCCCUUCAAAGGUUGCAGCACCGAGCUGGGGAGAUUCGCCUUCUCCGAGAAGCCUUGCAUCAGGGGACUGAAGCUAGACAAGUGUCUCUGCACAGCUUGAUAGACACUUCUGCCAAUGGAACUGGGCCAAGUGAGGCACUGGCCACACUGCUGCAGGAGACCAUUAGGGAGCUGGAGAUGGCUCAGACCUUGUUGCUGAAGAGGAUCCAGAUUUGGAAACGGCAGCAGCAGCUGGCGGGGAAUGGUGCACCCUUUGAGGAGAGCCUGGCCACACUACAGGAGAGGUGUGAAAGCCUGGUGGACAUUUAUUCCCAGCUACAGCAGGAGGUAGGGGCAGCUGGUGGGGAGCUUGAACACAAGACCCGGGCAUCACUGGUUAGCCGGCUGGAAGAAGUCCUGCAGACACUCGUCACCAGAUCCUUCUUGGUGGAGAAGCAGCCCCCACAGGUUCUGAAGACUCAGACUAAGUUCCAGGCAGGAGUUCGGUUCCUGCUGGGCUUGCGGUUCCUGGGUGCUCCAGCCAAGCCUCCGAUGGUCAGGGCUGACAUGGUGACUGAGAAGCAGGCGAGGGAGCUGAGCAUGACCCAGGGGCCUGGGGCUGGAACAGAGAGCACCGGGGAGAUCAUCAACAACACAGUGCCGCUGGAGAACAGCAUUCCUGGGAACUGCUGCUCUGCCCUUUUCAAGAAUCUGCUCCUGAAGAAAAUCAAGCGAUGUGAGCGGAAGGGCACUGAAUCUGUCACUGAGGAGAAGUGUGCGGUUCUCUUCUCCACCAGCUUUCUGCUUGGCCCCAACAAACUCCCUAUCCAGCUCCAGGCCCUGUCUCUGCCCUUGGUGGUCAUUGUCCAUGGCAACCAAGACAACAAUGCGAAAGCCACUAUCCUGUGGGACAAUGCCUUCUCUGAGAUGGAUCGUGUGCCUUUUGUGGUGGCUGAGCGGGUGCCCUGGGAGAAGAUGUGUGAAACUCUGAACCUCAAGUUUAUGGCUGAGGUGGGGACCAAUCAGGGACUGCUCCCAGAGCACUUCCUCUUCCUGGCCCAGAAGAUCUUCAAUGACAGCAGCCUUAGCAUGGAGGCCUUCCAGCACCGUUCUGUGUCCUGGUCACAGUUUAACAAGGAGAUUCUGCUGGGCCGGGGCUUCACCUUUUGGCAGUGGUUUGAUGGUGUCCUAGACCUUACCAAACGCUGUCUGCGGAGUUACUGGUCAGACCGGCUGAUCAUUGGCUUCAUCAGCAAACAGUACGUCACUAGCCUCCUUCUCAGCGAGCCCGAUGGAACCUUCCUGCUCCGCUUCAGUGACUCAGAGAUUGGAGGCAUCACCAUUGCUCAUGUCAUCCGGGGGCAGGAUGGUUCACCACAGAUAGAGAACAUCCAGCCAUUCUCUGCCAAAGACUUGUCUAUUCGUUCACUGGGGGACCGAAUUCGGGAUCUUGCUCAGCUCAAAAACCUCUACCCCAAGAAACCCAAGGAUGAGGCUUUCCGGAGCCAUUAUAAGCCUGAACAGAUGGGUAAGGAUGGCAGGGGUUAUGUCCCAGCUACCAUCAAGAUGACGGUAGAAAGGGACCAGCCUCUUCCCACCCCGGAGCCCCAGAUGCCUGCCAUGGUGUCCCCUUAUGAUAUUGGAAUGACCUCUGAUCCUUCCGUGAGCAUGCAGCUUGGCCAAGAUAGGAUGCCCCAGGUAUACCCACAGCAUUCACAUUCCAUCUCACCAUUUCAAAGCCUCCCCCAAGAAGAGUCAGUCAGUGUGCUACCAGCCUUCCAGGACCCUCACCUGCAGAUGCCCCCUCGUCUCAGCCAGAUAAGCGUGCCUUUUGACCAGCCUCACCCCCAGGGCCUGCUGCCGCGCCAGCCUCAGGAGCAUGCUGUAGACAUGACCAUGGAUGAAGACAGCUGCCUAAACCAGCCAGUGGGAAGAUACCACCAGGGCACCUGGGUGGAUGAAGACAUGUUCCCUGCCCUACUGCCUCCCACGGAACAAGACCUCACCAAGCUUCUCCUAGAAGGCCAAGGGGAAGCUGCAGGGGGGUCCUUGGGAGCCCAGCCACUCCUGCAGCCCUCCUCCUAUGGGCAGUCCGGGAUCUCUAUGUCCCAUCUGGACCUAAGAGCCAACCCCAGUUGGUGAUUCCAGCUGGAAGGCAAGCCCAGGGACAGCUCUCCUGUCUCCAUGGAUCUGCUCCAGGUAUCUGCUCCCAGAGGUGCCUGCCAUCUCCAGCUGCUCCAGGAGGAAAAUACUUCGCCAGGGGAAUAUAUGAUGGGGAAAGCCAUUCGCCUUCCUUCCUUCCUACCACACAGCACUGUCCCCUCUUACACCACUGGAAGAAGUCCAAGCUCAAAAAUGAAACAGGCCCUACCAUGCGUGCUCCCGCAGCACACACACUGCUCUCCACGGAGGCUGCAAGAGAGCAGGUUAGGGCAUGGAGGACUUCUUCACUCACUCAGAGCCUGGGCAUAUAUGCAGACAUGUGCACACAUUUGCACUACAAACCAGGGACAAGAGAGUGAGGACCUGGAUGCCAGCUCUGGGGGCACAGAGGAGUGGUGUACGGGAGCCUCUGUGAGAAGUCUGGGCAUGUGGUUAUUGCUAGGAAUUUUGCUCAGAUUAGCAAAAUGUUAAUCCCCCUCAAGGCUCAGAUUCUUGUCAGAUGGAGCCUGGGUACACAGCCCACAAUAUUCAGUUCAAGGGCCACGCUUUGUUGUGUGUAGCUGUGUGAACAUGUGUAUUCUCAGACCUGACAUGUUCAGGUGACGUUUUAUGACUAUAGAACGUGUCUGCUUUCACAUGUGUGACAACACACAUUUGGAUGUGGGACUGAGACACUGCAUGAUACAUACCCAGUAUGGUAGCCUCUGACAUAGUAACCCAGAUGUUUUGAAUGUGACUGUACACAGGUGUAUCUGCACAGCAAUGUCAUCGACAUGACUAUGGUUUCGGUGGCUCCAUACCCCCAAUGCCGCCCACAGCCAGGGGACAAAAAUGACACCCAGGCUUCCACAUGGCCCCUAGGUGUUAGGGUCUCUGCCCACUGUUUCCCUCAUGGCUCCCCAUCCACUGCCGGCUUCCCCCCCCCCCAAGCCACCCAUUUUCCCUCUUGGUGGGGGAUCAUGGAUCCUAAGCCAUAAAAUAAAUUUUAUUCCAAAAUAACAAAAUAAAUAAUCUACUGUACACAA